CUCCUUCAUCCAACCUUACUGACGAGCUUCGACUAUAUGACAUAUGUCCACUUUAACUUGUUUGAUGCGGUAUCAAAGAAAGGCUCAAGUGCGAUAUUCCUUGGGUGGCACUUAAUCUGGAUCAUAAUGCUAUGACAAAACUCUCUCGAUUUCGUGUACCAGGCAUUAACAAUACUAUCCAAAAUUCCUUCUUACCUCAGGUCGAUAAUACUACGUGCCGCUUUGGUUCCACACGGCAUACAGCUUUACAGCUUUAUGUCCAAGGUGCUAACAGUGUCCCGAUCAAGAUAUCGUUGUUGGACGCCGCAAUUGUUUCCUGAUGGGCCCGCUUUGCGAUGAGCCAAAGCGUGGUGGUCCCUUCCUAAUCUUUGGCCACAUCCACAUUUGUGAUCCAGUAUUCCUAGUGGCGCAGAAUAGGUCCGAGCUCUAUUUAACGUUCGGUUUCUCCAGGACUAUAGCUCACAUAUUAUCAUAACGCUACCCGCACUUAUCAAUGGCCCUCAGACACUUACUUGCUCGCAUCUUCAAACGAUUCAAGACGUCUGGAUCUGCCUCUGUAUUGGACCUCGCGACUUCUGCAACACCUGCCCCUGCAUCAAAUAUCUCAUCCCUAAUCGAACGGUCUCCGGCUACCCAAGCGAUUUUUCCUGUCAAUGUAAACCUCCGAUUUCACGUAGUUUUGUCCCCCACUGCCGAUGGCACCCAUAUGUCAAUCCAACAAAGUCAAGUAUUACCUACUCUUGGUACAGGUUGUGAAGGACAUGCGCACACCGCCCAGGAAUCUGCACCACCUCUCGAGAUUUCUCCAUCAAAUCCUCCAGUUGGAUUUAACAUCGAAACGACCGCCACGCAGUCGACGGAGAUUCCUGAUUCCGUUCUUUCUCCACCUGCCUUCAUAACGGACACUGCUCGAGACAGUGAUAUUCCGAGUCAAUACAUCCUACCAGUUGUGAUACCUACUCAUUCUCCACUUUCCGAAUUUACCGUCGCGAUACCAGUUUUGUCUCGGACCAUGCAGACCAUCGAGAGCAAGGACAUCGAGACACCCAAAAAAUGCGCUGGCGCAAAUUCACUCAUUCACGUUGCAGGACCUUCCGUCGGACCUAGCACUGAGGCUGUCGUACCGUCGAUGGUCCCUACUACCCUCGACGAACCUUCUUCUCAGAAAGCACGCCUUGGCUCACAGCAAUACGACUAUGUGUUUCCACAUUUUCCCCUUAGCCAAUCGCUAUCGUCUGCCACUCACGCUUCCUCCUAUAAGUCAUGCUUGGACCCACAGGGAUACGAUCCUCUAAUUCCACAACUUCAAUGUGACCGAUCACCAUCGUCUGCUCCCCGUGAGCCACCGCGAUGCCCACCUGGUCUAAAGCUUCCCGCAGAUAAAAUGCCAGGAGUCCAAGCUGGGCACUUACGUGCGCCAUCUGUACACUUUACGCAGCAGGGAUCACCCUCCGAAUUACUACAGGAUGUUAUCAAGCGGAGUCUCGGUAACGACGCAUCACUACGACUUGCGCAAGGCAAUACCGAGCUAAACCUCGGCGAUAUGUUCUCGACUCUUGAACCCAGUGCCUCGAAUUUUCAGUCAUCGUCGACACCUGAGGCAAAACAGGCCAGUGUUAUCGUUGAGAGGAUUUCGAAAGAUGGGAAUCUUGCCUAUUCUAUUCAGGCAGGUGGUCAUAAGUACGUCGCUACGGCACAGGUCGGCAGUGGUGCAUUCGGUUACGUCUGGUACGCUAUUAAGGACCAAACAGAGGAGGUCGCCAUCAAGGUCAUCGACAAGGCUGGGUUGCUUGCGCAAUUUGUUCACUGCGCCAAAGACAAACGACCGACCAUGCAACAACUGCUCGAAGGUUCUCAAGCAGCAGCAGCAGCUAUCAGUGCUGAAUAUGAGGCAUUCAAGCGCGUCACCGAAGAGCAAUCCCCAUUUUUGACUCCUCUGCUGCAUGCCUUCGAGGACGAGGAUAACUUCUACUUCGUAAUGAGGUUCUACCCCCAGACUCUUCGCACUAGAGCAAAAUUCGGAUUCAUGCAUUGGCAGUUGCGUCUUGUUGCUGCUGAGCUUCUUCUCGCCCUCCAGCGUCUUCACAAGCUGCGCGUCGUACAUUUGGACUUAAAGAUGGAAAAUGUGCUCGUAACUCCGUCCGGUCACGUAUGCAUUGCAGAUUUUGGCAAUGCUGAAGUCCUAGACCGCAAACUAACCUAUCAGCAAUUUCACAACGAGCUCAUGUAUGGUGCAUCGGGUACCAGCGGUUACCUUCCUCCAGAACGAGUCGAGGGAAACCAGGGAUAUAACUUCAAGACGGACACCUGGACCUAUGGUACUAUUUUACUGGAGCUUUUACUAAUAAACGGCGGGCACUGGCAUUCUAUAUAUCAUUUCAGUGAUGGAACGCAUAAAUAUGGUAACGACCACAAGAUACCCGCGGGUCACAGCCAGCUGGCCUUCAUAAGACCGAACGACGAAAUAUAUCUCAUCCAAGAUAAGGACGCCAAGGAUCUUCUUUAUUCUAUUUUCUUUCCUAAACACUAUGCCAUGAGGCCCGACUUGGAGUCACUUCGCAGUCACCCGUUCUUUGCCUGCAUCGACUGGCAGAAGUUAGAGAAUCGGGGAUACGAUCCCAUGUUUAAAGCCUGCUUGGGCAACGCACCACUAGAAUCUGUAGACUCUGGAAAGAUUGCCAUCGAAUGCUCUCAUCCUCGGCUACUAGACUUUAAGAAAGCCGUGCACGAGCGAGCCAACGGUGGUUUCUCUCUCGGGCGAAUACACGUAGAUUACGAGUGCCCGAGCGAGUUGGCACAUGAUGCUAUGCAUGGAGCAACUUGCAGGGUUACAGGGACUAAGGUACCCCGGAGACAUAUUUGUAAAUGUGACUUGCCUGCCGAUUGGUGAUAUUUACCGGUUUGCCACGAAGCAUCCGAGCAGGUCGCCUCAUAAAUUUGUAUGUUCCAGCUAUUUAUGAUUGUUAUACUUGUAAUACUUGGUAUACACACUCAUGACAACUCACGAACGUCAAUUGAUGUGCACUCGAAUUGAAUUGAACGCGUAGGGGUCCGACAUGAGUCAUUCCUCCUGCCAAGUUGUCCUGUAAAGCGACUGAACUCUAAAUUUACAUAAAAAACUAGUUCAAUGGAUCAGCUCCUGGCAACUGAGGUCUUUUUACGUUACACUGCUGGUAUCUUGGUUUCGCCACGGCUUGGCAGCCGAACGGUGGUGGCUGAGUGGUAACAGGUCU